ACAAGAUCAAAGGCGGACAUUUUGAAUUGUUUUCAAUGCACAAGUAUGUUAUCUCGCGUUAAUUUAGCUUUUAGCAAACAAUUUCAUCUCAAAAGGUUUUUGCAAGCAAGAUGUAUGUCUAAUGGUGAUAAUAAUUCGUGGAAAGAUGUUCUUGAUUACUGGUUUUCCCCUGGUGCAGAGAGCAAAUGGUUUGGAGGAGGGGAGAAGGUUGACAAUGAAAUAAAAGAUCAAUUUGGCAAAAUGGUAGAGCUUGCUCACCAAGGUGGGUUAAAAGACUGGGAACUAGAACCCAAACCAUCACUGGCACUAAUUAUUCUGACUGAUCAGUUCAGUAGGAGCAUCUACAGAGGCAGUCCAAAAUCUUUUGAUGGAGAUGAAAGAGCAAGAAAGUUGACAAAAAAGUUUUUAGAGAGGAAGACUCAUGAUCAUCUAAAGCAAUCGUUCAAUGAGAGGUUAUUUAUCUAUCUUCCCAUGGAACACAGUGAAGAUCCUUCAGAUCAGGAACUAUCAGUGGCUCUUGUUGAGCAACUAGCCAAGGAUGCAGAGGCAACAGAGUAUGCUGAAAAAACAAAAGGCUUUGUACAGUUUGCUAAAAAUCACAAGGAAAUUAUAGAUAUGUUUGGAAGAUAUCCACAAAGAAAUAAAAUACUUGGGCGCAAGAAUACUGAUGCUGAGGAGGAAUUUCUUAAUAAUAUGCCUGAAAAGUACAAAUGGUAGGAGGCAAGUUAACAAGGAAUUGUAAAUACCAAGUGCUUUAGAGCAUCACUUCAUUUCUAAAUAACAAUGCAUGAAAAUUUGUAUGAUGGAAGAUUAUGAAAUUGUACGAAUAUAAAUAAUUCAUUAAAUAAAGGUACCAAUUAACUGGCCAGUAGUAGUAGUAGCAAGAAUGAGAAAACCGAUGAAUAACUAAGUUAAUUUUUUAAUUUUUUGUUAAGUAACAAUGCGCUUAAGAACUAGGGAACUCUCUAUUGUUCUG